UUCGGAUAAAACCGAUCCGCCAUGCCUGCAAUCUCCAAAUUUCAGCCCAGAAAGAGAGGCUUAAGCCUCUAUCUACUCUUUGGGAUCGCUGGUAUAGUGACAUGUUACAGUACUCUCUCCACGUGGCCCAAAAAAUGAGCUUCAUCUCCCAUCGUUUCAAUUCUUCAAAUUGAUGUUGAAAAAGUAGCAGAAGUUCGAAAGAUGAAUGCAAUUGUGGUGCGUGGACUUACAGUAUGCAUAUCAUCCGCAAAGCUUAUACGAGAGUCUCGCAACCAUGCUUUCAAUUCUAAGUUUUUGAGCUCCAGAACAGCUCUCAAGUGUAAUUGCGUGAAGAAGGAGAAAACCCAGAAUUCCUUUGAGGAAUUCUCAGUCCUUAAAUCCGAUAUUCCAUGUGAUAGUGGGAGUUUGUGGAGUGGUAUGGCUUUGUAUGUGUUCAGCUUUCAUGUUCCUUUGAGUUUUGGAGGGCUGUCUGCUAUCAGCAACAUAUUGCAUCGUCCUGUCCUUGAUCCCGAGACUGAGGGCGAUCUUUUCUCUUUUCCAGAACAGGCAAUAUCCUUGUUAGUUAUUCAAACUUUGGAGCUCAUCGGAGUUCUGCUGCUCUUAAGAUUUCCCAUGAAACCUCAGAGUAGCAUUCUUGAAUUCUUUCAAGCAAAGCAGGUAUCAAAAGAAAGGAACUGGUUGCUUGCAUCAGCUAUUGGCUUUGGCCUUCUUGUUUUCUUGGUUUUUCUCACAUCCUUCAUCUCCUACAGAUUGGUAGGGCCAAAAGAUGUUAACAAUCCAAUCGUGAAGGAAAUCCUCUCAAGCAGCUCCAUCUCUUUAACUGCAUGCAUUCUUGUCUAUUGCGUCGUCACCCCCUUCCUAGAAGAAAUCGUUUACAGGCGGUUUUUCUUGACAGCUCUUUCCUCUACAAUGAAAUGGCAGCAAGCAGUGAUCAUAAGCUCGAUGGUUUUCAGCGCAGUUCAUUUCUCGGCUGAGAAUUUCAUACCAUUGUUCAUCAUUGGCUCCAUCCUCGGAGGGUCUUACUGCUGGUCUGGUAACCUGUGUUCUUCUGUUGUGAUACAUUCAUUGUACAAUGCACUCACAUUACUUAUAACCUACAUGUCAUAACUUAAUAUUUCCACAAUAUACUUUUAAGAAAUAUAGGUGGUAACUUCUAUUCUAUUGUGCCCACGCUCAUACAUCAUGAACUGUAAGAAAAUAUUCACAUUAGAUGGGUGAAAAAUGCUAUGGGUGAGUGGAAGACAGGAAUGGUUGGAUGUGAUCAAUUGUGUGGACUUUGUGUUGUUUGGGGGUAUCAGUGAUAGACUGAUUAGCCAAUGAAUUUGUAGAUGAGUGGAAGACAUUAAAGAUAUAUUUCAUGUGAUUUAUAUGGAAUUGGUGUCAUAGAAAGUAUAUAUGACUUUUGGACUUCAUUUGCCUAAUCUUUUUGGCAACGAGAAAAAUCGCAGUGAUUAAGAUAAUAACAGAAGUAAAUCACUUAAGGGUGUUGACAACCUGAAGAUAAUAAUAACAGAAGUAAAUAAAUCACUGGAUGAAUUGAACAAGUAAUUUAGGAGAAGAAAAAUUAAAGUGACUUAACUGCUCUUUUAAUUUUAAGGUAAUUUUCAUCCACUUUCAUGUUGAUUUUGGACCACAUCAAACACUAACUUUAAGUGUAUCAUGUUUUUAGCAAUCAAAAUAUUAUAACUUCUACUUAAUCUACGUCGUCAUUGCAUACGCAUAUAUACACACAAUAUUGAUUAAAGAAUUAAGCAGCAACCAAGUUUGACUAGUUACAGCAUCACUAAGUGGUUAUCAAUGGCGGAACAUGCAUCUCCUGUCGAUUAUCACUACGAAGAAAAAGAAAAAGGGAAAUGACGAGGAGAGACUGUAGGAGUCGUCAUCAGAUGACGUCGACGGAGACGAGUAAAUGCCAAAA